UUACGUCAAUGUGAAUUGUGAAAUUGUAAACAUACACAAAAGAGAAUAUUACAGUGACUGACCGAUAAAGUUAAAGCAUUUCAACAUGAGCCUACAAAAAAUAUUGUCUAAUCCUGCUUUGAAAGACCAUGCCACCCUGGAGCGCGAGGAAGAGUUCAAUAAUUUCAUGAAGAGAGUCGGCGAAGUAUCAACCUUGGUGAAAGACAUGGCUAGCGGGGAUAAGACUAGGGCCGAUGCAGCCAAGGCCUUGGCUGAUCAGUACCUGGGUGGGAAAGUCAUCUUGGAUGACGAUAUCAAACUGAAGGUCAAAAGUGACAGAACCGUGAUAAACACCAAUGCCUUCAAAACUCUCGAAAACAAGGACCCGGCUGUAAUGGACAAAGACGCAUGGAUGGCCGAGGUUAGCAAGGACGCGGAGAAGCGAGCCCUCGACCGCAAGAUCCGGCGGGAGAAAGCUGAUACCCUCAACACCCAGGCCAUCAAGGCGUUCCGUCGCGGGGAGUACGACAAGGCACUCUCUUGCUACAACCGAGCCAUAGAGCACGUCAAAGACAACCCCAUGUUAUACUGCGAUCGGGCUCUUACUAACAUCAAGCUGGGGAACUUUGAAAAGGUUUUCAUCGACUGCGAGUGGGCGAUUCGUCUCAACGAGAACAGUUUCAAAGCUCGCCUCUACGCGGCAAAGGCACACAAAGAGCUGGAGGAUAUGGAUAAAUACAAUGAAUGCAGAAAGGAGCUGGACGACAUGUUUCCCCAACACGAGGAUUUGAUCAAAUAUUUCUUGGAUAAGAAGGAAGGCGGCUAUGGUGAUGAAGAAGAAAACUAAUAUGUUACUUAAAAGAUUCUUAACGUUUGGUUUCUACAUUCAAAGAAUAAUAAUUAGUUGAUCUAGUAUUAUUUAUUCUGUUUGUUUUGUUGUCUUAAAAAAAAUUCUCUUUAAAAGUAGCUAAUUAUAAAAAUAUAAUGAAUGAAAAAUGUUGAAUGUAGAACUAUUUAUUCAUUUUAUAAAAAAUAUUUCGUAAAAUUGUUAAUUUUUGUCUUAUCUAUUUAAGUCCUUGUUUCGUAACCACGUGUCCUAGUUUUAUGAAAUUUUACGACUUAUGUAUCGUCGUCGUACUUAGUUUAACUGAUUAAUG